CCUGGAAGGGGUCAUCGCGCAGGCGCGCUGCAUGGGAAUGGGCGGGGGCAGAGAAAUGCACAGGCGCAGGGGUUGCCGGUAGCGUUUGCGUGACAGGGCAGGUGUGAUCCGGUGAGCCGGUGAAAUGGAAAAGCUCGAGACCAAUAAUGAAGAUGUUGCCGGAACAAGCAGAGAAAACAUUGGCCCUAAUGGAUUUAAGCGAAGUCAAGACCUUUCAGCGGAGGUGCAAGAGGAAAUUCUCUUCAAUGAAGAAACUAUAGAUCUGGACGCAGACGCGUUUGGGUCAGAAGAAAAUGUCACCCUCUCGGAGGACUCUGGAAACUUGCUGGAGAAACUAAAUGACCAAAUGAUGGAAAGUGUAAUCAUUUCAGACUCCCCCAAUAUCAGUGAAGACGAUGCUGGGGAACUUGGUUGCCUGCAGGAUAUUGUUGAUGAAAUUGAAAGCCAAGAAGUACCGCCAUUAGAACAAGAAGCGGAAAAGGAGUUUAAUGAAAGUGGAAAUGGCAUUGAGCUCGCUGGAACUCAUGGCGAUAAAACCUCAGGCCCGCUGCAUGUGGACAUUAAAGUUGUAGUAUCCGAGAGUGAACCUGAAGGAGAGGACAACUCUUUGCAGAGCCCAGGCAGUGAGCACGAACUUGAACUGGUUAGUCCAGUUAGUAAGGAACCUCAAACUGAUGAUGCUAUACCUGUGUGCACCAUCUUCAGUAAAGGGAAUUCCCAUCAUUCAUUUUUAGGGAGUGACGGCUUUGAACUGCAGAUGGUCAAGUCUCCAAGUUUUACCGGUGAAAUUAAAACUAUGACAAAGAUUCAAACUCAUGUUGUCCAGCCUAGUCCGAGUCUUAGCAACUUCUUUUCUGAUAACGGCAGCACACCAUCCCCGGCGACGGACUUCUUCGAUUCCUUUACGAUGUCGUCGAAUUUUAUCUCCGUCAGUAAUCCAAACGCAGCCCCUUCUGUACCAGAGAUCAGCCACGGGUCUCUAACGCCAGAGAGCGGCACACCUACGGACCCCGCCAGUGUAACGUUCUUUGUUGGAAACCAGUCCCUGAACUCAAUCAGUUCUCUCGCCGCUGAGGUUCCACAGUCCCCAAAACCAUUUUCUCAGAUUCACAGUGUGUUUGUUGGAAGCGAUGACCCGUUUGGCACGGCUCUGAAUAUGAGUGAAGUGGAUCGGAGAAAUGACGCUUGGCUGCCUUCAGAGGAUACCAGAAACAUACUUAUUUCUGUUGCCACACAAAAAUACAGCACCGUGUUUAUCGAUAAGGAAAAGCUCACCAUGCCAGGCUUAAAGUUUGAUAACAUUCAGGGCGAUGCUGUUCGAGAUCUCAUGCUGCGCUUUUUGGGGGAACAGGCUGCGACGAGGAGACAGGUGCUGACUUCUCUUUCUGUCGAGCAGACGUUCGUGGGGCUGAAGAAACUAAUUGAGAGCAAAAACUGGAGAGGGGCUGUUGAUCUCUGUGGGCGGCUUCUGACUGUCCAUGGCCAAGGAUAUGGAAAGAGUGGCCAGCCUACAAAUCACACCACGGAUUCCUUGCAGUUGCUGAGGAAUUCUGUAGCAGGAUCCAGGAGUAGGAGCCACAGGAACCACUGCCAAGCAGGAAUGCUUCAUGAUUUUCUAAGUGCCGGUUCUCACAAAGGAUCUUAUUUCAGGCUCUGGUUUGUAAGAUUAUCCUUACUGGUGAAGCUUGGUCUUUUCCAAAAUGCUGAAAUGGAAUUUGAGCCCUUUAAAAACCUGGAUCAGCCAGAUCUUUAUUAUGAAUAUUACCCUCAUGUUUAUCCUGGACGCAGAGGGUCCAUAGUUCCAUUUUCCAUGCGCAUAUUACAUGCCGAGCUGCGUCAGUAUCUUGGGAACCCGCAGGAGUCUCUUGAUCGACUGCACAAUAUGAAAGCCGUCUGUCUGCAAAUUUUGGACAAUUUGGAAAAGGGACGUGCAGAAGAUGGAAGCAUGAUUACAAUCUCUCAGAGCAACCGGCAAGCCUCUGUUCAGCAGUGGAGGUCACGUCUGGGCCGGGUGAUGUACUCCAUGGCAAACUGUCUGCUAAUGAUGAAGGACUAUGUUCUGGCUGUAGAUGCCUAUCAGACCGUCGUAAAGUAUUACCCUGAGCAGGAGCCGCAGCUGCUUAGUGGCAUCGGACGGAUCUUUCUACAGAUUGGAGACAUAAAAACAGCAGAGAAAUACUUUCAGGACGCAGAGAGCGUGAUCCAGAAUUCGGCUGCCAGCGACUCGCCUCAGAACAAAAUGAUCGUUUUGAUGAACAGAGCGUUCCUGCACCUUGGACAGAACAAUUUUGCCGAGGCGCACAGAUUUUUCUCUGAAGUUUUAAAGAUAGACCCUGCAAAUGCUGUGGCUAAUAAUAACGCCGCCGUUUGCCUGCUGUACUUGGGCAAAUUAAAGGAUUCUCUCGGGCACUUGGAGGGGCUGGUUCAGCAGGAUCCCCAGCACUAUCUGCACGAGAGCGUUCUCUUCAACCUGACAACCAUGUAUGAGCUGGAGUCGUCUCGGAGCAUGCAGAAGAAGCAGGCGCUGCUGGAGGCGGUGGCUGUCAGAGAAGGUGACAGUUUUAACACUCAGUGUCUGAAGCUCAUCUAAUUCUCUCAUCGCUAAAUCUCUUCCCUUUUUUUUUAUGUUUUCGCAGUGAAAGGCUGCAAAAUCUGUAAAUAUUCAGCUUGGAAUGUAAAUGAUAUUGUGCCGUUAAUAAAGUAUUUAAAGGGA